CAAAUACGCGAGUUUGCUGCGUCGCGGAAGAAAAGGGUGCUUCAAGCUGCAGGGGGACACGUUAGUAGAUUUUACUUCUACCUCAUCCGCUGGCGAUCGGUUUUACAAACUAUGUCUUUGACACUUGCGUGUUUUACUGCACCUGCAUACUGGAGCAGCUUUUUCACCUUCUGCUUUGUAGCUGCUUUGUGUCUCGUUGCGGCUCUCUUGCGUACUUGGGGAAACUUUGCUGCGGUUCUGGAAGAAUGGCGAAGCAGUAAACAACACAAGUACUGCUCAAUUCUGUUCGCCGAGCUCGGAGCCAAAACACAGACGGGCCGCUUCGCCAUAGACGGGUUUCCUGCACUCUCUGGCCUAUGUGAUCAGGCCGACUACGUUUGCGAAUGGUUUGCGGACUACGUAGAGUAAUAAGCCUUUCAGCUCUAAAAUAGAUAACCACGAGUGCAUACAAGUGACACUGAUAAUUCCCCUGUUUGUUUUUAAUAUCGUAGGUAAUGCUUAUCUUCUGACGAGAGAACAUCAUGCGCUUGACUCUACUUCAUUCGCUGUUAGUUUCAUCAAUGAUAGUCACCAAUUUGACGUUUUUUUACAGUGUAUCACCGCUGUUAGUUUCAUCAAUGAUAGCACGUAUACGUUUUUUUACAGGUAUCAUCUUCUGCGACAUCUUGUAUGGCUUUUUGACCGCGUUUUCUACGCUCAAGAUGGACGACAGUGGCUGCAAUUGCGUGUGCGGACGAUCCUGACGGUGGAUGUUCCGGAGUUAAUCGAGUGGAUCUGGGAGUUUUACGUCAAACUAGAUGGUUUUGCGCAGGAGCCAGAGGAUGCCUUCUUCCAGUACCUUGAGGGCGCACGAAGUUGGCCGCCGCCACAAGACUUUCCAGGUUCGUGGACCCAACCUGAUUGGAGACCAGCAGAUCUCGUCGAUGCGAUGGAAUCUUCAACAACUACAGGUAAAGCAAAACAAGAAGGCUCGUCAUCGACUUCAUCUAGUAGAAAUGGCGGCCAACAAGAACCACGCAGCAGUUCUAGCGUUUCAGUACCUGGAACUGUUUCCGGCGGGCCUCUAUCUAAAAAAGAUAACCCUUCUCUUCAAACAUACCUCAAGCAGCUUCUGAAAAGCGUUAUCCGAGAAUUGCUUGGUCGAAGGAAACGACAUUGGGAAAAUCGACCAGAGGCGCCAAGGUUUGCUUUCUGGCAGAAACUGCCUGGACAGGCAUACCCGAUCCGUAAGAACAAGGUCUAUGAGAAGUGGAAAUGGAAUUGGCUCACUCAUCGCAGUAGAGUACGUUUUUUCCUAGGUUCUACCCGCUGUCUCUGCAUCCUGUUGCUUUUGAACUUUGUUGUUGGCGUUUUCGUCUCGGCGUGGACCAACGUCGUGAAGUUGGUGUUGACCAUGGUCUUUUCGGCUGCACAAGCGGAAAGUGAAAUGAACCACGAUGAAAACCUCUUCAUCCCGGAAGACCAUGACUACUUGAAUCCUGAUGGAGUUUCUGGUACAACAUCGACGCAGAAUAACACAAAAAAUAUCGCCACGGUGCUCAAUUCUUGGCUGCGAUUCUUACUGUUGAACCAAGUAGUGGAGCUAGCUUUUUUUGUGUGGAUCGUCGCAGGAUGUUGGAGGAAGGUGUCCGCACCACUGGCAGCUACGCGCUUAGUGAAGCGAUGCCUGAAACGUUGUGGCUUUCGACCAACUUCACUCCUGCGAUUAGUUCCUUCUAUACAGAAGAAGAAAAAUAAAGGUGCGAAAAAUGCAGAUCUUUUCAAGAAGCUCUUUCCGCUCCAUUUUCCACUGCGAUUCAUGCGAUCAGCUAUUGUGGUUGGAACGGUGCUUUUUGUGUGGCGCGGAUGGGGGCUGUGGACGGGCAUCGUGAGACCACUUCUGCGCGCUUUCGUGACUUGUGGCACAAGUGUGACCAUUUUCGAUUUUGGGCUCUUUCUGACCAAAGCUUUGUGCGGGUAUCCAUUUGAAGCGACUCUGGUGUGGCUUUCUGCAAACGUCGUUAGAGGGCUUAUUUUCGAGCGGAUUCAGUAUCGCUACUACUUGGAGUCCUCAAGCGUAGAGCGGUUGCGCAAUGUCGACUGCCUGCAAGGCCUCGAAGAUAUUGAGUCUGCCUCAUCAACGACAACCUCUAGUGAUCAUGGACACACUACUGCUAGAGAUAUCUCGCUCUCAGACUCGGUCAUACAGAAAGACAAGGACCUUGCGGAUCGGCGAAGAGAAGCGCUGAAGCAAGUGCUUGAAGAGAAAAAGGGGGAACUGUUGGCCAAAAUAGAGGAGUCUUCUGUGAAGAGACUUGAUCCGGCAAAGCGGGGGGCCUCCGUGAGUACUCGACCGAAACAGGCAAAUGGACGCGGAGCUGCUGGAGGUGCAUCAAAUGAUCGAAAUAUGAACACGAUGAGAGGAAGCAACUCGAAUUCGAGUUCGUCUUUUAAAAAACCUGUGCGUAAAGAAGUGAUCUCCGAAUCGCGACGCGAAGAGCUUGAAACGGUCCAGGAGUUGGCGCGGAGCAUCCGAAGAACAGACACCGAUGCAGAGUUUGUAAGAAGAAGAAGAAAAGCAGCCUAUGCCUUUCUGACAAACAGGAGAGAAUUGUUGAAGGAUGUUGUUGAGCGAGGAGUUAACGUAACACGAACACCAACAGAUGAGGCUACUUCUGCUAUGGGUUCUUCUAUAGAAACAGAUAAAGCAACUUCCUCUCCACAAUCUGGAUCUGGCAAAGAUUGCCCCUCUAGCAGUCAACUUGCGGCCUUUGCAAUGACGAAGCUUUCUCGACGUAGGCGCAUUCCACUCAGCUGGCAGCAUGUCAGGAGCAAAGCGAGGUCUCAGAGGUUAUUGGCGAAAAGUAAGAAACGGUUGAUAGCCGAGUGGCAGGAUCCGAGCUCGCGACGCAUCAAAAUGGGUCGCACGCCGCGCAGAGCAAGAGCGUAUAAGAGCUGGAGCUACAGCAAAAAUGACCCGGACAUUGAGUUCGCGAAGGCACGAUUGGUGGCGCCGAAAAUGAUCUAUCCCUGGAAGCAAGCAUCAUGGUUGCGGCAACCACGUCGACUGAGGACGAUGCCAAGUCGGUUGUUGUGGAGCUGCUCCAGCCAAAGAGAAGCAGGCAGACAACGAUACAAACUGAGGAACUACA